AUGUCGGGGAUCGCCCUCAGCAGACUCGCCCAGGAGAGGAAAGCCUGGAGAAGGGACCACCCGUUCGGUUUCGUCGCCGUCCCCACCAAAAACCGCGACGGCACGCUGAACCUCAUGAGCUGGGAGUGCGCCAUCCCGGGGAAGAGCGGGACCCCGUGGGAGGGCGGCCUGUUCCGCCUGCGCCUGCGCUUCCGGGACGACUACCCGUUCGCGCCGCCCAAGUGCCAGUUCGAGCCGCCGCUCUUCCACCCCAACGUGUACCCCUCGGGCGCCGUGUGCCUGUCCAUCCUCGACGAGGACAAGGACUGGCGGCCGGCCAUCACCAUCAAGCAGAUCUUACUGGGGAUACAGGACCUUCUGGACGAACCAAACACGCUGGACUCGGCUCAAGCAGAGGCCUCCCUGCUUUACGGCCAGAACCGAGCGGACUAUGAGAAAAGGGUUCGGGCCCAAGCCAAGAAGUUCGCGCCCUCCUCCUAA